AUGAAUCAAUCUCCUUCAGUAAAUGUUAUUGAAACCGUAAAUGUAUCUGAUUUAAUAGCGCCUCUCGAACGCUGUAAAUUAGAGUAUACUCAACCAUUUUGGACUGCUGUAGAGGUUCAUGGAUUGGAUAUAAAAUAUAAUUCUCGAGAAACUUUGGAUUUUAUUUUUAAUUAUGGACCAUGCGAUGUUGUUGCCGAAUGGUCAUUCCAGAAUGAGAUAUUUGAUGAUUUGGUUCGGUGCCAUCACAAUUUUAAUAUGUGUAACCAGUUUUAUCAUAUUUAUGGCAUUAACAAUGAUGGAUCCCCAGACAAUAGAAAUGCCAUGUCAACUACUUUGUCUAGUGAAAUUGCUGGAAUUAAUUUGGCCAGAAGCCGGUCUCCCUCUCUCAGUAAUAGUGACUAUGUUCGAGAUGGCAAUUCUUCAAAUGUCUCACAAAAAAGAUCUCGAGGGGAAGCGGGAGUUGAGGUCAUUGCUAAUGGUUUGGAACAAGGUCAACAGAAUACUGAAGAAAUCCCCGACAUAUCCGAAAUCAGUAAUUAUCUUCGAGGACUUGAAAAAUCUAUUAGAGGAACACAAAUUAUUCAUGACGUUGUGCCAAACAUCGAUGAGCGAACCAAUACAUACCUUUAUAAUCGAUGUAUUUCAAAAAAAUUUCUCGGAGGACUUUUCAUCUGGGUAUUCCAUACCGACCAUGCCCAUGUCAUCCAUGACUGCAUGUAUUCAGGAAACAAGUGUAGAUGUACCAGAAUCCAAUGUCUCCCUAUCAAAAUUAGGACUAGAAAAUUUCAUAGAUUCUAUAGCUUCUGUCCCAGAUACCUCUACAAUCUCACAAAAUAUUGUUGUCAACCACCGAGACAAUUUUGUCACUUGGAAGUCGGAGGGAGAAAAUGGCGAAUACCUAGUGAAAUUAGAAAUUUAUCGUACGAGAGAUAUUGUCAAUUUGGACAAGAGCCAAUGGUGGAGACAAGGUCAGAUUCGGAUGAAUUUUCUGACAGCCAGUCCAGUCGAUCCACUUCAAACAUUAAUAAACAAAGCAGUUCAAUUAGCCAUGAAACGAGUUACAACCCUCGAAAACGUCAAAAAGGAAAUAAAGAGGAAGAGUUACUACAGUGGCUCCACCAAUUUCCGACAAGCCCCAUAUUAGGUAUUAUUGGAUCUAGAGUGUGGAUGAAUUCAAAAUAUAAAUUUUUAUUGUCUGGGGAUAAUAUGGUAAAAAGUGUAUUUAAUGUAUUCAAUCAUUAUUUUGUAGAUAAAACUUUUGAAGAAAUUUAUUAUUAUGCAGUUAGUGUAAAUCCUUUAUAUUGUAGUUUUAAGGGCAAUAUUUUUGAUUAUUAUUAUUCGGUGGAGGAAUCGGUGAAUAUUUUAAAUGAAUUAUUGUAUUUUCAAUUUAACAAUGAUGAACAAGCAAUUGUCGUAUUUUUAACUGAUUUAUUAAAUAUUAUUGAUAAGAAAAUUCCAAAAGUUAAUUGUCUACAAAUAAUAGCUCCAGCUUCUAGUGGUAAAAAUUUUUUUUUUGAUACAGUAAUACAUUAUUUUUUUAAUUUUGGUUUAAUUGGUAAUUUUAAUAAGUAUCAACAAUUUCCUUUAAUGGAAGCUGUCAAUCGUCGCAUAAAUUUGUGGAAUGAACCAAAUGCUGAACCUGGAGCUAUGGAUACCUUGAAAAUGUUAUUUGGCGGUGAUAAUGUUAAUGCUAAGGUAAAACAUAUGUCUGAUGCUGUUGUUUCAAGAACACCUAUCAUUGUAUUAACUAAUAAAACUUGGUUAAGUAAUGAUGCUGCUUUUCAACAUCGAUUAAUUACGUAUAAUUGGAAAACAGCACCAUUUCUAAAAAAUUAUAAUAAAAAACCAUAUCCAUUAUCUAUUUAUUCUUUAUUACAAAUACAUAAUAUAAUAUAA